GCGCGCUGCCGGGUCGAGCCGCGGGGCAGUCCCGGUGCCGGGACCGGAGAGGAGCGGGCCGGGCCGGGCCGGGCCAUGGCGCUGCUGCUGGAGCAUGAGUUCAAGCCGCUGCCGGCGGACAAGCAGAUCGAGACGCUGCCCUUCCUGGAGGCCGUGGCUCACCUGCCGCCCUUUUUCGAUUGCCUGGGGACUCCCAUUGUCUACUCACCGGUCAAGGCAGACCUGAGUGGAAAUAUCAAGAAAAUUCGGGCGGUUUAUGACUCCAACCCCACCAAGUUCAAAACCCUGCAGAACAUCCUGGAGGUGGAGAAGGAGAUGCACGGCUCAGCUUGGCCCAAGACGGGCGCGACGCUGGCGCUGAUGUGGCUGAAAAGGGGCCUGAAGUUCAUGCUGGUGUUGCUGCAGAGCAUCUCCGACGGCGAGCGGGACGAGGAGCAUCCCAACCUCAUCCGGGUGAACGCCGUGAAGGCUUAUGAGAUUGCCCUGAAGAAGUACCACGGCUGGAUGCUUCAGAAGCUCUUCAUGGGCUCAGUUUAUGCUCUUCCCUACAAGUCAGACUUGCUGAAGGCAUUAGAGAAGGGUAAAGAAGUCAAAGAGGAGGAGAGCCUAGAGAAGAUUCAUCAGUUUCUCUUGAAGGCCACCCCCAUCCUGGAUGCAAUUUAUGAGAUGUACACAAAGAUGAACGCUGAGCUGAGCUACAAAGCCUAAAGCUCACAGGGGACUAGCAGGGCUUAAAAUAAGGUGUGACAGGUGCUACUGGCCUCUUCACCACUGAGGCAGCUCCUGGCUUCUGUCAGGUGGUGUUUGCUUCUCGGCUGGAUCUGCAGUGGAUAACCUGUUUUCUAAAAAAAGAACAAAACCAAACCCAGAUAAUAAUAAUUUUCUAUUGAGAAUUAUGGCAAUAAAACACUUGUACCCCACGUCAUCGUAGGGUUGCCCAAGCUUUUGUACUAAAGAGGAAAAACAAGUGUUUCUAGUCCUAACCUCCUGGCUCCCGUGGCUCAGAGAAUGAAGCGUGGCCGGUGGCGACGCUGCCCCGGCCCUGCCGUGACUCCUGGACCUCGGCUGCCCCCGGUGUCCACCCGGUGUCCCUUCACCCCGGCUGAGAAACCUCCCGAAUGAUGCCGGCGGUUCCUCCGGUGACUUCCCUGGGUGACCCCAAUUCCUCCCGUGCCUGCGUGGGAACGAGCCCCCUCGGCCGGGGGGGCAGGAGCCGGGGGAUUGUCCCGGUGCAGCCCUUGCGGGAGCAGGAGUUGCCUUUUGAACCGACUGCCUUACGGAGCUGCCGAGCCCUGCGGGGCGGGGAAGCGAACUUGAAUAAAAACUCACGGUAACCUCA